UGCCCCAUCAUUGGUGUCAGUGGGAGGAAUAGUGCCCCCAUCAUUGGUGUCAGUGGGAGGAAUAGUGCCCCAUCAUUGGUGUCAGUGGAAGGAAUAGUGUUCCCAUCAUUGGUGUCAGUGGGAGGAAUAUUAUGCCCCAUCAUUGGUGUCAGUGGGAGGAAUAGUGCCCCAUCAUUGGUGUCAGUGGGAGGAAUAGUGCCCCAUCAUUGGUGUCAGUGGGAGGAAUAGUGCCCCCAUCAUUGGUGUCAGUGGGAGGAAUAUGCCCCAUCAUUGGUGUCAGUGGGAGGAAUAGUGCCCCAUCAUUGGUGUCAGUGGGAGGAAUAGUGCCCCAUCAUUGGUGUCAGUGGGAGGAAUAGUGCCCCAUCAUUGGUGUCAGUGGGAGGAAUAGUGCCCCAUCAUUGGUGUCAGUGGGAGGAAUAG